UUAUAUUACUGUGAUUAUAGAGAGCUUCUGCAGUGGAGAGAGAGAGAGCGAGAGCGAGAGAGGUGUGCACGAUUCACUGUCUUCUCUAGGAUACAGCUCGCUUCCCUCCUCGUCUCAGUGCUUCUCUCUCUUCCCACUCAAGUGUAUCUGAUCCGCUUCUCCCGCUCAACUCAAGAACUCUCCGAGGAUGACUCCUCCAGAUACCUCCAGCCGCAGAUGCCCGUUCCCCAGCUCAUGGCUGCCCAGGACGACUCAACACUCUUGGGCUUCCCUCGUGCGGUCCUGCCCUCUCUAAAGUGGAUCCACAGCAGAACAGAAGCUCAAGCUGGGCUCCUUUAGGAAAGGGCAAGUUCAUUCAGACCUCGUCUUUCAGCCUUCAAGCUCACCCGAGAACAAGACCUUUAGAGCCGAAGCUUUCAGACUGCUAGAGGAAGAGUAGACAAUCAUAUAUAAAGAUGGAGCAGGAGAUUUCAAAAGUGCAGCGCAAGAUGUCGGACCUGGAGUCAGUUUUGCAGCAGAAAGAUGUGGAGCUCAAGGCUUCGGAAACCCAGAGGACCAUUUUAGAGCAAGACCUGGCCACCUAUAUCACCGAGUGCAGCAGUUUGAAGCGCAGUUUGGAGCAGGCCCGCAUGGAGGUGUCGCAGGAGGAUGAUAAAGCUCUGCAGCUGCUGCACGACAUACGGGAGCAGAGCAACAAACUGCAGGAAAUUAAAGAACAGGAGUACCAUGCUCAGCUGGAGGAAAUGCGAGUGUCUAUUCGUCAGCUAGAGGAAAACCUCUCCGCUGCUCGCCGCCGCAGUGACCUGUACGAAUCCGAGCUGAAAGAGUCUCGUCAGACCAGCGAGGAGCUCAAGAGGAAGGCUGUGGAAUACCAGCAGAAGAUUCAGAAGGCUAAAGAACAAGGCAAAGCUGAGAUGGAGGACCUUCUGACCAAAUUGCAGAAGACCAAUGCAGAGCAACAAGUAAAGAUCGAAGAACUCCAGGAGAAGCUUGCUAAGGCCGUGAAGGCGAGCACAGAAGCCACUGAACUCCUGCAGAAUGUACGUCAGGCUAAAGAGCGUCUGGAGCGAGACCUGGAGCGUCUGCAGACCAAAGAGGACUCCACCGACAGCCUGCGCAGACGCCUGCGAGAGACUGAGGAUGGUAAGAAAACCCUGGAGAACCAGGUGAAGAGGCUGGAGAUGGUGGAACGGAGAGAAACUAAACUAAAAGAAGACAUUCAGACCAAGUCACAGCAGAUCCAACAGAUGGCCGACAAAAUCAUGGAACUUGAAGAGAACUUGCGUGACACGCAGGCAACAGCACAGCGAAUGGAAGCACACCUGGAACAGAAGGAAAAGCUUUACGCAGACAAGAUCAAGGUGUUAGAGACUCAAAUGAAGGCUGAUUUGGCUGAAAAGGAAUUGCUUGAGUCCAAGCAGAGCGCUUUUGAGGAGGAGUCUCGCGAGCGGGGAAAAGUGAUCAGUGACCAGACAGCGACGAUCAAUGCCAUGGAGUCAAAGAUGACCAGUCUGGAGCAGAGAAUCGCUGAGCUGUCCGAGGCAAACAAACUGGCAGCCAACAGCAGCAUUUACACGCAGAAAAACAUGAAAGCCCAAGAGGAGAUGAUAUCUGAACUCAGGCAGCAGAAGUUCUAUCUGGAAUCUCAGGCUGGAAAACUGGAGGCCCAGAAUGCAAAGCUGGAGGAACAUCUGGAGAAGCUGACACAACAAGAACAGACUAACAAGAGUCGAGUGCUGGAGCUAGAGGCCAGACUCAGAGAGAUGGGUCUGGAACACGAGGAGCAGAAGCUGGAGAUCAAGAGGCAGGUGACGGAGCUCACACUGUCACUGCAGGAGAGAGAAGCUCAGAUCAGCAGCCUGCAGGCGGCACGUCAUGCCCUGGAGAGCCAGCUACAACAGGCCAAGACCGAGCUGGAGGAGACGACCGCAGAGGCCGAGGAGGAGAUCACUGUCCUCCGGGCCCAUCGGGAUGAAAUCCAACGCAAGUUUGAUGCCCUGCGAGACAGCUGUGCGGUGAUCACGGACCUGGAGGAGCAGUUGACGCAGCUCACGCAGGAAAAUGCCGACCUCAACCGACAGAACUUCUACCUGUCCAAACAACUGGACGAGGCGACGGACGAGAACGAGGAGAGGCUGCAGCUCAAGCAGGACGUGGAGCGCCUGCGCCGGGAGGUGGCUGACCGAGAGAUGCACCUCAACAACCAGAAACAGAACAUCGAGACGCUGAAGACGACAUGUACAAUGCUGGAGGAGCAAGUUCUGGAGUUGGAGACACUAAACGAUGAGCUGCUGGAGAAGGAGAGACAGUGGGAGAACUGGAGAUCUGCCCUGGAUGAGGAGAAGAAUCAGGCCGAGCGCAGAACCAGAGACAUUCAGAGACAACUGGACAACGAGAAGCAGAACAGACUCCGUGCAGAGCAGCGCAAUUCUGAGUCUCGUCAGGCAGUCGAACUGGCAGUGAAAGAACAUAAAGCUGAAAUCCUGGUACUGCAACAGGCCCUGAAAGACCAGAAACUCAAGGCUGAAGGUCUUUCUGACACUCUGAGCGAUCUGGAGAAGAAACACGCCAUGCUGGAGAUGAACGCGCGCAGCCUGCAGCAGAAGCUGGAGACAGAACGAGAACUCAAACAGAGGCUCAUGGACGAGCAAGCAAAACUGCAGCAGCAGCUGGACAUGCAGAAGAGCCACAUCUUCAGACUGACACAAGGACUUCAGGACGCGCUGGACCAGACGGACCUUCUGAAGACCGAGCGAACAGACCUGGAGUACCAGCUGGAAAACAUACAGGCGGCGUACUCUCACGAGAAGGUCAAGAUGGAGGGGACCAUCACCCAGCAAACCAAGCUCAUAGACUUCCUGCAGGCCAAGGUAGAGCACCCCUCUAAGAAGAAAAAGGGGCUUUUUGGCGGCCGCCGUCGUGAGGAUCUGCUGGCGGCGCUGGCAGCUCAGGGGCAGACACAGGUGCCCGCUGUGCCCGCCGUGGCCCCUGUUCCCCUGCAGUACAGCGACCUGAAGUCUGCGCUGGAGAAAGAACGUGCCCGCUGCUCAGAGCUUGAAGAAGCGCUGCAGAAAACACGCCUGGAGCUCAGAGAGGUUCAGUUUAAUAAAGCUCUGGAGCACAGCAGUACUCCAGCCACCCCCGGUUUGGCUCGCCAGCAGCUCAUGAUGUCCACCAAAUCCAACAAGUCCCCUGAGCACCAGCCCAGCAGCGGCCUGAUGUCGUCCAGCUCUGCCCGCAGGAAGGAUGCUGCCAAUCCUGAAGAAAUAAGGAGAGUCACUUCUGAAAAGUACACCAGACGUGUGAAGGACAGGAUCCAUCACAACACUCCUCACCGCUUCACGCAGGGGCUCAACAUGAGGGCGGCCCGCUGCACCGUGUGUCUGGACACAGUCCAUUUUGGAAGGCAGGCCGCGACCUGCAUCGAAUGUCAUGCUUUGUGCCAUCCAAAAUGCUCCCCGUACCUUCCAGCCACCUGCGGCGUGCCCACAGAGUACGCACUGCAUCUGUCCGAGGCAUUGUGUCGGGAAAAGGGAAGCACCUCCGGCCUGAAAGACGUUGGUGGACACAUGAGGCUUGAAGGAUGGCUGAAGCAGCCCAGAAAUGGGAAGCGUGGUCAGGGCUGGGAGAGGAAAUAUGUGUUGCUGGAUGGAUAUAAAGUGAUCACGUACGAGACAGAACCAAGAGACGAGUCGGUGAAGCCGCUGGAUGAGUUUGAGUUGUGUCUCUCUGAUGGAGACGUGACUGUUCAUUCUGCUGUCGGUGCCUCUGAGCUGCCCAACACUGCCAAGACAGAUGUGCCAUAUGUGCUGAAGUUGGAGUCAUCUCCACAGUCAACGUGCUGGCCCGGGCAGACUCUGUACCUCAUGACUUCAGGAUUCUCUGAGAAACAGCGUUGGGUGGCCGUGCUGGAAGCCAUCGUGGCCAGCAGUCGUGGAGCGAGAGAGAAAGCCGAAGCAGAUGCUAAAUUGUUGGGUAACUCUUUACUCAAGCUAGAAGGAGACGACCGUCUGGAUAUCAACUGCACCCUCCCGCUGACUGACCAGAUUGUGUUGGUGGGGUCUGAGGAGGGUCUUUAUGCCCUGAACGUGAUUAAAAACUCCCUCACUCACAUCCCGGGUCUGGGAUCCGUGUUUCAGAUCCACAUUAUCAAAGAGCACGACAAGCUGCUGAUGAUCGUGGGGGAUGAGCGGGCACUGUGUCUGGUGGAGAUUAAGAAGGUGAAACAGUCUCUGUCCCAGUCUCACCUCCCCACACUGCCAGAGAUUGUGCCAUAUAUCUUUGAGACCGUCAAGGGCUGUCAUCUGUUCGCCACGGGCAGGAUAGAAAAUGGUCCGUGCAUUUGUGCCGCAAUGCCCAAUAAAGUCACAAUUCUACGCUACAACGACAAUCUGAACAAGUUCUGUAUACGGAAGGAGAUUGAAACGCUUGAGCCGUGCAGCUGUAUCCACUUCACCAGCUAUAGCAUCAUCAUUGGUACCAAUAAAUUCUACGAGAUUGAGAUGAAGCAGUGUGUUCUGGAUGAGUUCCUGGACAAGAAUGACGUGUCGCUGGCGUCGGCUGUGUUCACUGGAUCCUCCCACAGUUUCCCCAUCGCCAUUGUCCAGGUGUCCAGCACUCCGCAGAAGGAAGAAUAUCUGCUCUGCUUCCAUGAGAUCGGUGUGUUCGUGGAUGCUUAUGGUCGAAGAAGUCGUCCUGAUGAUCUCAAGUGGAGUCGACUUCCCCUGACAUUUGCUUUUAGAGAGCCGUAUCUGUUUGUGACCAACUUCAACUCACUGGAUGUUGUUGAGAUUCAGGGACAUGCAGCACUUGGGCCUCCCAGUUUCGUUCACCUGGACAUUCCUAACCCACGUUACCUGGGUCCAGCCAUAUCGUCUGGUGCCAUCUAUCUGGCCUCAUCCUACCAGAACAAACUGCGGGUCAUUUGCUGUAAGGGCAGCCUGGUGAGGGAGUCUGGGGAACUACAGAGGACCGGUUCGAGCAGGAGCAGCCCAAACAAGCGUGGGCCACCCACGUACAACGAGCACAUCUCCAAGCGCCUGGCCUCGGGUCCCGGGGCCCAGGAGGGGCCGCUGCACCGCGAGCCCAGCACCCCUCACCGCUACCGCGAGGGCCGCACGGAGUUCCGGAGGGACAAAUCUCCGGCCCGGCCUCUGGAGCGUGAGAAAUCCCCCGGUCGCGCUGUGCUAGACAGCCGCAGGGAGAGGUCGCCCGGGCGCUUCGAGAGCAGCGGCAGCGAGAGAGACCGGGAGCGCUCGCGCCUUCACUCUAGCUCUGUACGCACCCAGCUGACGCCCGUCAACAAGGUUUGGGACCAGUCUUCAGUCUGAGAACGUCCCGGAGGGAUGACGUAAGAGCCAUCGUCCACUUCCUGCGUGGAUGGACGCGCCCUUUUAACAGGCGCUUCGUAAAACUCUGAACUAUAUCAUCUCAUGCCUGUAACCGUGAACAGAGCCAUGUUAUUUCACUCGAGUCUGGGACAUUGUGCUGCUGUUGUAAAAUCUGUCCAUGCUGUAACCAUUCAUGAAGGUCCAUUGUGAACUGCAGUUUUUUGGCGAAAGACCUUGAAGGAAUAUCUCGGGUUCAGUACAAAUAACUCUAUCAACAGCAUUUUGUGGCAUGAUGGCCAUUGCCAAAGGAAGUCAUUUUGGCUAGUAUGUUAUUUUUUUAAAAGUAAAAAUUGUGGUUACAGUAAGGCAAGACACUACAGGCAAAAAGAUUUCGGGCUAUUUCGCUUCCAAAACUUGUCUUCUAUGAGACUAGUGGAAAGAAAACAUCCAAAAUACACAUUUAACUCUUUAUUACACUUUAUCUAUUUGCAUCUGUAGAUUUCAUUUACAAUACAUAUCUCUAAAGGUGGUGAGAUUUUUCAGAAAUCUCCAUUUCAGCAGCACGUACAGACACUAAACUUUACAGUUUUAUUCAUAUUUACUGAAGGUAAAUGUUUAUGUAGUAUUUGCCUUAUUUAUAUAACAUAUUCCUAAAAACAUGGUGAAAAUAUUGUUGACAGUAGUUUCUGAUUUAUUGAGUAGUAAGCCCCUAUGUAAAAAAAACAAAACAAAACAUUUAACUCUAAUAUGUCAACAGAAUGAAACGAGAAAUUCAAAUCUGGCCUGUUCUGGAAAUGUAUCCAAAUUAGUUCAUAUUUAAUUACAUAAUGUCUCUUUUGUAUAUGGAUCAUUGACGAAUAAGGUUUUUAAAAGUGUAAAAAACAUAGAUAUAAUUAAUUUUGAAGUUUUAUUAAGUGUUAACAAUGAGAUUAUGUGGUUUUUAUAAACAAUUAACACUGCUUUUGUCAUUUUAUACAAGAUGGACAAAAUUUGUCACCAAAAAAAAUCACUCGGUUUUACCAAAAUUUCAGUUUUACCGAAUGACAAUAUUUUCAAACAAUGCUAACAGGCUGAUAUCUUGCUAGCUAGCUAACAAAUGGACAAUCAAACAUUUUAUAUUUAGUACAAGUUUUUAAAAUAUUCCAACAUUUUUCAUGUUUUAUAGCGGUUGUACCGAAUGACCUGAUGUUUCGGGACAUGUCUAUGAGCAAGUGGGAACAUUAAUUUUUUAAAUAGUUAAGAGAGAGUUAGUUACUUUGCUUCAUGACCAUGUGGUCCUUUGCAGGUGUCUGAAUGACACAUCCUGUCACAUGAUAUUGACCGCAUGAUUUGAUCCAAAAUGGUCCCUUUAUAUUGGUUACUCUGAAUGACAUCAAUGAAAUAAUUUUUUUCCGGACAUUUUUUCUCAUAACAAAGCAACGACUUCUACACAUAAUUUUAAUACCAUUUUGUACUAUGUUGAUAUAUGAUGUUAUAAAAUCAUGCCAGAAUAAAAAAUAUAUACAUUUAUUACAUUUUAAGAUAUUUUAAUCACAAAUGAAAUGGCUGUAUUGGUCUUUGGACGGUUAAACCGAAUGACCUUUUGACACUUCAAAAUCUUUAAAAUACCUUUAUAUGUAGGAAAAUAUAAUUAAAACCUUUUGGAUUCAAGAAAAGAGAUCUAGUUGUACUACCUUACAUACUUUGGACGUCAUAUCUUUGUUUUUUAUUAUUAAUAUUAAGGCCUUUGGACAAAAAAAAAAAAAAAAGACUCGUCACGUCAUUGACCCAUAUAUAAACAUGACAUUUCAGAAAACUUGUAAUAAAACAGUUAAAAAAAAAAAAAAAAAAAAAAACUUUCAUCGUCCAUUUAGUGGUUGGAACUACUCUAGGUUAUUUUUUCAAGUAAACAGGCUCAUUCUUGUAUCCUUGUUUCCACAUUUACUGGCUUUACAUAAUCAUGACGGAAGAUAUAUUGGAUAUAUAACUGCACUGACGAGUUUAGCAAACAAUUUUAUCUCGCAUUAAAAAAGUACUUUCAUUGUAUCUUACUGUAACCACCAUUUUUGGUUAAGUUGAAAAUAUGAUCUGUGGUAACCGACAGCAGACCACAAACGCUGUAGAUUUAUAUUGAUCCCGUAAUAUUCCUUUAACCACAUAACUAGCACAUUGUAAAUAUGGUUAUUUCAAUCUUUAUAACGGAACUUGACUGAUGAAGCUAUGAAGUCUAUUUUUUAUGCUAUUAAACUGUUUGUAUAGACAGUUGAAAUGGGUUUCCUACAGAAAAGUACAGAAAAGGUUUUAUUUCCAUGUUGUACGCUAAUGUGGUAAACAGUCAAUAUGGCUGCUCUUAAUUACAGUUUGUCCAGUUUUUUAAGCUCUAUUUGACUGACAUUAUCGAACCUACUGCACAUUGUAUAUUUUUAUGCUAAUAGAGUUUGAGCUUGUAAAUCUUUUUAAAGAGACAGGUCAUGUUCUCGCUACAAGUGUCCUUGUGAUGUUCAAGUGAACUUAUCGUAUUUUGUUGGAAAUAACGAAGCUUUCGUCGACACACUUGCACACAGCAGCAAAUCCGCGGGGCUCUUCUGGAAAUUUCUGCUGCUUAAGCAUUAACGGACGUCCUGUUCAGUUGUGUAAUGUCCGGUGGGUUUGUAGAAGACCUUCGUUCCUCGUGGAAUAUGAAACAGCUCAAUUAGAGGCUUUUCGAGUUCAUGGGUAAUUGUAACCAAACGCCUGAGUGAUCAUAUCAAACGCAUGAGAAUUCUGACUUGGGACGUCCCGUCAUGUACUACCUUAAUAUUGAUAAUCGAUGUUUUUCAACUAACAAGGCUGCUUACCUUGAACUUUCUUUUUGUAUAAAGAAAUUACACUAUAUUAAACACUAUUAAAGUGUGAGCCAUACACCGUA